CGCUUCGAAGCCUUAGCACUUCUCCAAACAUCACCAUCAGUAAUUUAUCGAGUUUGAAAGCUUCAGUGUCUGAGAAAGAAGCUGAAGGUGGAUUUUAAGUGAAACCUAAAAGUUGAAUCAGGAGAAGAUCACCUGAUUCCAGCAAAUAUGGAAGGAAAACUCACUUGUGACCAAUGUGGGAAGACUUACACCCACAUGCAUCACUUUAAGACACACCUACGCAUCCACAAUGGAGAAAGACCAUAUGAGUGUGACCAGUGUGGGAAGACUUUCACCCGUAUGAGUGAUCUUAAGAUACAUCUACGCAUCCACAGUGGAGAAAGACCAUAUGACUGUGGACAGUGUGGGAAGACUUUCACCCAGAGGAGUAACCUUAAGACACACCUACGUAGCCACAGUGGAGAAAGACCAUAUGAAUGUGAACAGUGUGGGAAGACUUUCACUGAUAUGAGUAACUUGAAGAAACACGUACACAUCCACAGUGGAGAAAGACCAUAUCCCUGUGAACACUGUGGGAAGACUUUCACCCAGAGGUUUGUCCUUAAGUCACACCUACGCAUCCACAGUGGACAAAGACCAUAUGGCUGUGGACAGUGUGGGAAAACUUUCAUCAAAAUGAGUAACCUUAAGACACACAUACGCAUCCACAGUGGAGAAAGACCAUAUUCAUGUGAGGAGUGUGGAAGGCUUUCAUCAGAAAGGAGGUGCUUAAAGUUCACCAACGCAUCCACAGUGGACAAAGAUCAUAUGACUGUAAACAGUGUGGAAAGACUUUCACGCAGGUGCAUCACUUUAAGGGACACCUACGCAGCCACAGUGGAGAAAGACCAUAUAACUGUGAACAGUGUGGGAAGACUUUCACUGACAUGCAUAACUUUAAGGGACACCUACGAAUCCACAGUGGAGAAAGACCAUAUCACUUUGACCAGUGUGGGAAAACUUACACCCGUAUAAAUGGACUUAAGGCACACCUACGCAUCCACAGAGGAGAAACACAUCAAAACAGUUUGAGUGUUACCAAUGUGAACAAAGAUUCUUGCCACACUCUGCUCUCUUCUGCCAUCAACACAGAUGUGAAUCAUUGUCUGGACCAAACAGUACCUCAGCAUCAGAUGACAACAAGAAAUGCAGUGUCUGAACCAGCAGUACUGACUUCUUUUGACAAGAACAUCAAACUUAAAAACCUCCAGAUCUGGCUCCAUAGAGUCCAGCUGUAAGGCACACCUAUGCACCCACAGAGGAGAAAAACCAUAAGACUAUGAUUGGUGUGGGAAAGCUUCCUGAGCCUUGUCUGCAUGAUGUUCUCACUGUCACAUUCACCACAAGAAGUUGAUGUACCCAUGUGAUAAGUGCACCAAGAUCCUCUGGUCGUCCAACUUUUACAAGUGUCACCAACAGACUCAUACUGGACAGAAACCUUACCAGUGCAGAUUUUGUGACAGAUCUUUUAUCACAGGUUCACAAUGUACUAAAGAAGAAUGUGCCAAAACUUUCCACAAAGGAUACAAACUGAACAUACUGCUACUUAUUGACUUUGUGGACAUUUAAUCAGUCACUUGUUGUUGUGAUUCUGUUGCUGGUUGGGGUUCUCACCUGUUCAUUGUUCACAAAUGAAACCAGCUACUCCUGUAACAAUUUUCCACAAUAGUUCUGUGCAGUUUAAGUUCAAGAAAGGCAACACCACCACAGUUAUAAAAUGACAGAAAGCAAAGUAUUGCAGACCGCCUUUCUUUUUUCCAAAUGUUACUUUUAUUAUGUGUAUCCAACAUAUUGUGGUGAGAUUUUUAUACUACUUUUUCCAAAAUUACAUUUUUAUAGCAUAUAAAGUUUGGGACUUGGAGAUUUUAGGCAUUUGAUCAAUUACCAUGAAAUUAGUGUUUUUGUUGUUUUUUUGAUGGUUUUACUUGGAACUGGAUAAUAAAAGUUAGAGAAAGUAAAGAUAUUUAUACCUACUUUAAGGUACCUUUUCCAAAUUGUUUAUAAAUUAUAGAUAACUAUGUGAAUGUUGCAUGUCUUUUUCUUUGAUUAAUACUGCAACUCUUACUUGCCACUAAAUAUUAUAAUAAUCCAUCCUGAUCACAUGGUUCCAUAACAUUGAAGCUUCCAAAGUGUACACAAAUAUGAAUUAACAUCAACUUAUGUAUUGGUGAAGAACAGGGUGGGUCAGAAUUACUCACAUUUAUUCCCUUUUUAGAAUUUAUUAGGUAUAUGGAACAAACAUUGGGCGCAUGUGCAACAGAAAUUUUGGUUCCAGUGAAUUAUCUAGAAUUUUUUUUUUUUUUUAUCCAGUUUCUUUCAAAACGUCCUCACUAGAAUACCUAUGUAAUUUCAUGGCCUAUAGGUACCUAUAGGAAGUAGUGGUUUUCUUCUGCUGCCAUGCAGAGUGGUGGCUUCCUCACACUCCUACCAAAUGAGGUAGAGAAUUGGGUGGAGGCUUCUGUGUCUGACUUUAUCUGAUCGACUGAGUGUUUGAGUUCCCUCCUGAGGAGAUGAUCAGUGAGAUUGAAGUUCCAGCAGAAUGCACAAACUGUCAUCUUUUGUUAGCAAUGAGAAAAGAAUAACAUUAAGGUACUCAAUUUGACCUUUUUCUUGUAUUAGCUAUGUUGUAUAUAAUAAAGUUGGA